GCUGCUGUACAACUCUGGGAGCAGCUGAUGCAGAACUGUAUGCGCUAGCUUUUCUAAUUCUUUGCCGGGGGGGGACUCCUAAUGAGCGAAUGAAGAAACAAAUUUUGCUCUUGUUCACAUUUCGAGGACUGGUAAGGAAAGGGAAAAAAGGGAAAAAGAGAAAAUGGCCAAUUUUGUGUUACGGUCAGCUGAACCAAAGGAUGUAUCUGAUAUCUUGCGACUCAUAAAGGAACUUGCUAAAUUUGAAGAGAUGGAGGAGAAGGUGAUGCUCACUGAGAAAGAUCUGCUUGAGGAUGGCUUUGGGGAUCAUCCAUUCUACCAUUGCUUGGUUGCAGAAGUCCCAAAAGAUCAGAGCACAGAAGGAUUUUCUGUGAUUGGCUUUGCAAUGUACUACUUCACAUAUGACCCGUGGAUUGGAAAGCUUCUCUAUUUGGAAGAUUUCUAUGUCAUGCAGGAGUUUCGAGGCUUUGGCAUUGGUUCACAAAUCCUGAAGGUGCUGAGUGAGAUUUCUGUAAAGACCCGCUGUAGCAGUAUGCAUUUCAUUGUAGCAGAAAACAACAAGCAGUCUAUUGAGUUCUACAAGAGAAGGGGCGCCGCUGACCUGUCCUCGGAGGAGGGCUGGCGUCUCUUUGAGAUCCAAAAGAAGGACCUGGUGAAGAUGACUGCAAAAUAAAACAUACUGAUCACUUAUAGAGAAUUUUAGGGAUGUCAAUAACAAUGUUUGUGGGACAGUUUUAAUAUUUCUGUAUCUUUGAUUCUUACCUGAUUUUGCAACAUUUACCUCAUUCACAUUGUAAAUUAAGCAGAUUAACCCUUAUUAACAAACUGCUUACUAGUAAAAACCGUUUUUAAGGCUUUAUGAAGACAAAUUACUCAGUCUUUGAAGUUAUAUUCUUGUGUAGAAGUUGUAUUCUUGUGAUUUAUGAACACAAUAAGUGGAUAAAAAGUAACCUAUACAUUAAAAUGUGCAGUGUUGGUAUGCAAUAAGGAACAUCUAUGUUAGUUUAAUAUGAAAUGUUAACAGUUAUCUUGUAAAUUAAAUCUGUGAUGGAGGUUUUUGGUUUCCUUAAUUAGAAAUGAGUUAUAUUGUAAAAUGUAACAGUAAAUGUGAUGUUUUGAAAAUGGUAAUGAAUAAAAUAUGAAAAUCUAAGUGCAUAAUUUGCUAUUGUCAGAAAAAAGCGUAAAUUAAAUAUACUUUAGGAGAAAAACAACCACCACCACCCCAGCAAACUUUGUCAGUUUAAACUUUGUUCAUAAAACAGAUUUUAAAUAAUAAAAAUGUUAUAUUUACAAACA